GAGGAGUCUAGGAAGUAAAGAAGGAUUGUAGGAGUUAAAGGAGGAGUCUAGGAGGUAAAGGAGGAGUCUAGGAGUUAAAGGAGGAGUCUAGGAGUUAAAGGAGGAGUCUAGGAGGUAAAGGAGGAGUCUAGGAGUUAAAGAAGGAGUCUAGGAGUUAAAGGAGGAGUCUAGGAGUUAAAGGAGGAGUCUAGGAGGUAAAGGAGGAGUCUAGGAGGUAAAGGAGGAAUCUAGGCGGUAAAGGAGGAGUCUAGGAAGUAAAGAAGGAUUGUAGGAGUUAAAGGAGGAGUCUAGGAGGUAAAGAAGGAGUCUAGGAGGUAAAGAAGGAGUCUGGGAAUUAAAGGAGGAGUUUAGGAGUUAAAGGAGGAGUCUAGGAGGUAAAGGAGGAGUCUAGGAGGUAAAGAAGGAGUCUAGGAAUUAAAGGAGGAGUUUAGGAGUUAAAGGAGGAGUCUAGGAGGUAAAGGAGGAGUCUAGGAGGUAAAGAAGGAGUCUAGGAAUUAAAGGAGGAGUUUAGGAGUUAAAGGAGGAGUCUAGGAGGUAAAGAAGGAAUCUAAGAGUUAAAAGAGGAGUCUAGGAGUUAAAAGAGGAGUUAAGGAGGAGUCUAGGAGGUAAAGGGGAGGCUAGGAGAGGAGAUGGAUAGAAGCGUGAUCCGGCUGAGUCACUGUCAGAAGGAGAUCUUCUGUUUCUCCGUCCCAGAGGAGUGUCCCAGCUGUGGGGAGGAGCUGAAGGGGAGCAGACUGCAGGAGGCGCCGGUCAGCCUCCCCUCCCCCUUCACUAACGGACACAAGACCUCCUGCUGCCUCCUCGUUGCUCCUGCCCUUGACAACAUCAACAGAGACUUUAACGGGACGUCAGAUCUUCACACCGGCAUCUCCAACACUACAGGUGAGAACCUCCAGCCUCACCUGGUCCAGCAUCGGUCUGAGAACAACCAGGAGGUUUGAGCUCUCUGACA